GUGACAUUUCUAGCUGUGUGCUGUUAACCAUCAUUGUUCACUAUUUCAACAUAAAGUGAAGACGUGAGGUGCAUAUUUGACCUUUCUGUGAAGCCUAAUAUUUGUUCGAUAUCGAAAAAAGACAAGAUUCAACUACCCUAAACAAUGGCUGUAUGUGGUUGUAUUUUAACUAUAAUUAAUAGUAUAGUUCUGACAAUAUCAAUUGCCAUCGCUAUUGGUGGUGGGAUAUUUGCAUGGAGUUCAUCGACAGUCACAAGUAUUUUAAGCAGUACAAUAGUGUCUUAUAUUACAACAUCAUUUUCGAGUAAAAUGACAGUGGAUACCACAUCAUUAGUGAAUAAUAUUAUUAGCAUUGUUCAACCGAUCGGCGUAGUUAUCUUCAUCAUCGGGAUGGUAUUGAUGGCAAUCUGUUUGUUGGGUAUAAUUGGUGUGUGUUGUAGGUCGAAAGUUUGUCUUGGAUUGUAUCUUGCCGUUGUGAUAGCAAUUACUAUUGCUGUGGUAGCAUUAAUUAUUACAUAUAAAGUAAAACCUACAUUGGUCACCUCAGUGCUAGAUUCCGCAAUCGAUUCAUGGGCUACCAGUUAUGUUUCAAUUGUUUCAGGAAAUACUAAUAGUGUAUUAUUUGCAUCAUUGAUGAUGCUUCUACAAUGUUGUGGAUCCAGUAGUGUAACUGACAUUACCUCAUCCAGCAACUUCGCGACCACCGAUACAUAUUCAGGAAAUACAUACACAUCUAUGGUUCGACCAGUUCCAUGUUGUAAAGUUGAUGCGAAUCUUGCCUUGACCGAUUCAACUUGUCCAACAACAUCGAGUUCUACCAGUCAAAAUGACUCAACUGGAUGUAAAACGGUUAUCCAGUCGUAUAUUACUACUUCAGCUGACGUUAUUAUGUAUGUUUCUUUCGGUGUCUUAGCUUUCUUGGUAGUGUUGAUUAUUCUAGCAUCAUUCUCAAUAGCUAGAUUUUAAUUUUAUAUUGAAUAAUAUCAGACUGAACAGAGAACUACAUCAUGUUCACAAAUAUAGUUGAAAGUGUAUACUUUGAAUGCACAAUAUGAGAAAAUGUAAUUGUGAAU